CGCUCCUCCGUGCACUCUUUUUUGGCUCCGACAUUGUCCCCUCAAAUCCGGUUCUUUCUCGUACGUGUUUCAUUUGCAGUGUCUUAUAACCUCCGCAUUUGGUCUUUCUUAACCUCUCCCAUUUGAACAAACGGUUUCAAUUCGCUUCAACAAUGGGGGGUUCGGGGAAGUGGAUAAAAUCACUGAUCACUCUCAACAAAACCCACUCCAACAACAACGAGGGCGGCGGAAAAAGCAGGAAAUGGAAGCUAUGGAGGAGUGCCUCUGGUGGGCUAACUAUGUCGUCUGGGAAAACUGGGAAAGGAGGGAAAUUUAUGGCGGAUUCUGAGGGUUCUGAAUCUUCAUUCGUGUCUGAUAAUGGAGCUUUGGCUGCUGCCAUGGCCACUCUUGUUAGGGCACCGCACAGAGAUUUCAUGAUGGUCAAGCAAGAAUGGGCUGCAGUUCGUAUCCAGACCUUGUUCCGGGGCUUUCUGGCGAGGCGUGCAUUAAGGGCGUUGAGAGCAGUGGUAAGGAUCCAGGCUAUAUUCCGAGGUCGACAGGUGAGAAAGCAAGCUGCAGUUACGCUUAGGUGUAUGCAGGCUCUUGUUCGUGUUCAGGCACGAGUUAGAUCCCAAUGUGGUCAAGGACCUAUUGACGGUCAGGCUAUAGAGGGUGCUGAUCCAGUCAAGCAGGCCGAGAAGGGAUGGUGUAGCAGCCCUGGAACAGUAGAAGAACUUAAGUCGAAGUUACAAAUGAAACAAGAAGGGGCUUCGAGGAGGGAGAGGGCAAUGGCGUAUGCCUAUUCUCAACUGCAACCGAGAUCAAAUGUGUCCUCGUAUUCGAGAGCAAACAAGAGGGUGACUCCAAAUAUGAUUGAUAACAAUAAUGGUGAGUUUAGUUGGGUAGAAAGAUGGAUGCCAACCAAGCCUUGGGAGAAUAGGCUUAUGGAAGAUGGUUGUUCAUCAUGGAUGAGUCCAAUUUCCAAGAAAUCUGAAGAUUAUGCAGCGGGAUCGUUCUCAAAACCACCCGAAAACAGCUCAAUGAAGAUCAGGAGAAACAACGUUUCUACAAGGAUUUCUGCAAAAGAACCAAGAAGUGGCCAGCUUGUGUGCACAUUGUCUGAUCAGAGUUCAGAUUACCCUUAUGAUGACCGAGCAACUACAGACUCGACCAUUUCAACACCCAAUACUCUCGGGUCUAGUAUCAACUUAGAGGAGGGACAUAGUGUGAGACGAAGCUAUAUGAACCCAACUGAGUCUGUGAAGGCAAAAAAUAAGCAGAAAGGUUCAAAUCUGAGCUUGCAUCCCCUUACAAAACCAAGCUCGCCCUUUCGUGGGUCAACAAGGAGACAGCCCAAUCCCAAUCUUUAUUCAGUUAAUGCCUGCAAGGAUUUUUCUGUGAUAGAGCAAUAUAAUGAUGUGAAGAGUCGGUGAAGCUGGAACGAUAUCCACUAUAUUGUUUGAAUGAGCACAAGAGUGACUUUAAUUCUGUUCUCUGGAUUGAGAGUUCAUUAGUAGUCCAACAUCUUGUUGUCUAAAAUAUAGACAAAAGAGAGUGACCUUAGUUCUGUUUUUCUGCGUCGAGUUCAACUUCUUGCUGUCUAGUUUAUAGACAAAAGGAGGGACUUUAGUUUGUAUAUAAUACGAGAGAUACACACGUACGUUGUAAUCACUAAAUCAGUGGAUUAAUGAUUGUUGUCUGAGUUUUCUGAAUGAUUUGUCUAAUGAAGUAUUACCUCGGCUUUCAUA